ACUGCAACAACUCACGAUGUGGCUUCCCCCUCUUCCUCUUCACGCAAUGAUCUUGCACCAGCACCAAGGGAAGCCCUGCAAGAAGCUUGUCUGCUCCGAUAUUUUAUUGAAGAAUUAUCACCAUGGUUUGACCAUUGUGACGAGCGUCGGCAUUUCCAACUCGUUGUACCUCGUCGAGCACAGCAUUGUGCGACUCUUCAAAACGCCGUGUUCGCCGUAUCGGCGCGCCAUCUUUGCCGGCUGCCACAGUACAAAACUGCUAAUGGAAUCGUGUAUCAGGGGCAGCCACUUCCUAAUCUGAACAAAUCCAGUGCACUGGAGUACAUGCUCAAGUGUAUACCGGAUCUCAUCGAGUUCCCCAACAUUCAGGACCCUUCACAUCAAGAGAAUAUUAUGGCAGCGACGGUCAUCUUACGGCAGUGUGAAGAAAUGGAAGAAGAGAUGGAAGAGAGUGAAAUUCAGUCCGUGCAACAUGGAGCCGUGAACUUUCUUGCAAUUACCCACACGAUCAUUGACUCUAUGAGCGCAUCCCCGCUUGACUCUUCCCUUGCCACUGCCACCUACUGGAUUACUGUUCGGCAGGAGAUCUACUUUGCUUUUACAAGGGAAGCCGUUCCUCAUCUACGAUUUGAUGUCGAUCGCUGGCUCAAUGCUUCCAUAGCAAACACGAUGAUUACGUUUUCAGGACAAGUUUCCACAUGGCGCUGGGGUAGUAAGUCAGCCGAGGAGUGGGCUCGACUCAAGGCCCAAGAGAAUCAGCUCCUCCGCGAUUCUUCCGGGGAAUUGAAACCGAUUCUCAGUAUAAAGGCAGAACCAACAAAAGGAAGGAUAUUUCCAACGGUGUGGUACAGUUUUGACGUUCAAGUGACUGCAGUUCAGCACUUUUUACUUGCGCAAAUGAUCUUGACUGCAGAAAACCCUCGUCUCGAUGGAGCGAACCGAGUCACUCAUCGAAAAGCAGAGGCACGGGUCCGGUCCUUGGUCCUGGACAUCUGCGGAAUAGCCCUGUGCCAUCUCCGAAUCCAACCUGCCUUGGUCAAUGCAGUAAUUGCAAUCACAUUAUAUGGUGAAUACUUUACGAAUCCAGAAGAAAGGGAGGCGCUUCUUGGAAUCAUCAACAUAACCAACAAUAUACGAGCGUGGCCGAUGAGAAAGCAAUAUGAAGAUGUGCAACGGCGGUGGAAUAUGGUAGAUAGCGCGGAAAUAUGA